AUGGAUCAUAAUACAAUAUUUGCAUUACAAUCUACUCCAUCUAUUGUUAAUAUUAAUAAAUUUAGUCAAUAUAAUUCAAGACUAAUGAAAACUGGUUAUAAACGGAUUAGACCAAUGUGUAAUGAAAUGAAUUUGAAGAAAAUGAAUCGUAUUGACAAUGAUGAUAAUGAUGAUGAUGAUGAUGAUUCUAUGGAAGAUCAAAGGAUUUAUAUUCUAAAUAAUAAUAUACAACAGCAACAUCAUGAAGAACAAGAUGUCAUUACACAUCAAUCUGUACUACAUCGAAGUUUAGCUGAAUGUUUAAAACGUUUAUGUAAUGAAAUACAAAAUAAUCAUUUUCUACCAAUUACAAUGAAUGCAUCAAUGAAUACUGAUACAAUUCAUUCAAUUCACAAUGAUUAUUCAACUUGUAUAACUACACCUAUCACUAUUCCUACUACUAAUAUCAAUACUACUAAUACUAAUAUUUCAGCGUAUCCAACUCAAGCAUUAGACUUGAGUAUAACAUCGAAUAUUACAUUAAAUGAAAGUGUAUCCAAUGAUUCAUUGAAUAUAGCUAAUACAUUCAAUAACAGUUUAUCACCUUCACCAACAUUAUCUUCAUACUAUUCAUUAAAUAAUAAUAAUAAUAAUAAUAAUAAUAAUAAUAAUAAUAACUUUAUUGCACUCACCUUAUCUUCCUCAUCUUCUGAUUCAUCUACUUCAUUGAUGUCAUCAUUUUCAAAUAAUACUAUGCCACUACAAGAACAACAACAACAACAACAACAACAACAACAAAGAAACACAGUUAGUUUGACAAAUAUCACCAAUCAAACUGAUUCACUUAUAAAUAGUUUAAAUUAUGACACUUCUAAUAAUAUUAAUACUAAUGUUAGUAGUAGUAAUGAUAAUCAUAGUCAACAACAAACUAUUCACUACGAUUCUCCGAAUAUUAUUAAUACCGCUCAAACAUUAUUAUUUCCUGGCCUUACUCCAACAAUUUUUAAUUUACCUUCAUGUUUAACUUGUACAAAUACAUUAACACCAAUCAAAUCAGUAACGGAUCAAUUAAUCAAUGGAAAAGGUGAACAAGACGAAAUAAAAGAAGAACUUUAUACAAAGAUUACUAAAUCAAUUUAUUUACAUCAAAAUGAAUUGAGUAGUAAUAUUACUACUAAUAAUACUACUAAUAAUAAUAUUAAUGAUAAUAAUCCACCGCCUAUUAUAAAUAACAUAUUAAAUCCGACUGAAUUAAUUUUGAAUUAUGCAACAAAUUAUUAUUUACAUGGAAAUUAUCAAUCAUUCAAUAAUAAAUGUUUAACAGAAGAAGAUAUUAUUGAAGGCGAAGACGGGGAGGAUAUGAAAAAAGAUGAAAUUUCUACAUGUACUAGUCCUGAUGAAACAAUAUUAAAAGAAUUCGAUAAUGAACUAUCUUCAAAACGUAUUGAUUCAUCUGACAUGGAACAAUUAGACUUAAAAACAACUUCAUUAUGGUUAACAGAAUCCGAUAUACAUUCUAUACCAAAUCUAGUUGAAUCCAUUAAAAAAUACCAUUCAAAUGAUGAAUGUGGUUUUGAUGUAUGUCGAUCAUCUAAAUUGAAAGAACAUUAUCAUUGUAGUAUAUGUAAUAAGAUUAUUCUACGUCGUGAAGAAAUGAUAAGACAUGCUAAAUGGCAUAGAAAACGUGAAGAAAGUAUGCAAUAUGGAUUUAUGCGUUAUAGUCCAUGUGAUGAUUGUACUAUUAUUUCCUGUCCACAUAAUGGACGUCAAACACAUUAUCAUUGUAUGCAGUCAAAUUGUGACAAGGUAUAUGUCAGUACAUCAGAUGUACAAAUGCAUGCAAAUUAUCAUCGUAAAGAUGCUGUUAUUAUACAAGAGGGUUUUCAACGAUUUCGUGCAACAGAAAAUUGUGGUAUUAUCAAAUGUCCAUUCUAUAAAGAAUGUACUACACAUUUUCAUUGUCGACGUAAUAAUUGUCAUUUUACAUUUAAAAAUAAAGCUGAUAUGGAAAAACAUAAAUUACAUCAUCAGAAAAAUGAUAGAUUUGCACAAGAUGGAUUUCGUCGUUAUAUAAAAUGUGAAAAUUGUGAUUUUCCCGAUUGUCAAUAUUCUGGCGUAAUAAACCAUAUUCAUUGUAUUCGACCAGGAUGUGAUUAUGUAAUCCAUUCAUCUAGUCAAAUCAUGUCACAUAAACGAAAACAUGAUAGACGAUUUACAUCAUUUUCACCUAAAUACAUAAAUAUGUUAUGUCAUGAUGAUAUCAAUCAAACAUUUUCUCCAUCUAAUCAAGACAAUAAUAAUAAUAAUAAUAAUAAUAAUAAUAAUAAUAAUAAUGAAGAUUUAAUCAAUAUUAAUGAAAAUAAAAUCAAUAAAAAUGAUUUCAAUAUUGAUAAUCAUACAAUUGAUUUAUUAGAAACUAAUAAAUCAAUAAAUCAAUUAAAACAAUCAUUACAUAAUGAAUUUCAAUUAUUACAAAAUGAUUUUAAUAAUAAUUUUAAUGAUUUAAUCAAUACAAAUAAUUUAUUAAAUAAAUUAUCAAAAUUUGUUGCUAUGUGUAUAUAUCGACGUGAAAAUUGGGAAUAUAUAUUAUUAAAAAUCAAUAAUUUUGAUAAUUAUUUAAAUGAUGAAAAUGUAUUAUUAUAUAAAAAAAUUGAUAAAAUUCUUAUUUCUAUUUAUCAAUCAUAUAAUCAAUAUUUAAAUAAAUGUUUUUGGCCAGGAUGUCAUUCAAAUAUUAAUAAUAAUAUGAUUGAUACUACUAACACCACCACCACCACCAUGACGACGACGACCACCACCACCACCACCACUACUACUAAUAAUAGUAAUAAUAAUAAUAAUACUAGUGACGAUAAUCAUAGUAAUGGUAAUAGUAAUGAUGAUGAUGAUGAUGAUGUAAAACAAUAUGAAAACUCUUCUAAAACAUGGUGUAAAUAUUGGUUAUCUCAUUUAUGGGAAGCAUGUUUAUCAUUUUAUGCUUAUAUAGAAUGUAAUCAAUCAAAUUGCCCAAUUCAAUCCAAUAAUAAUAAUAAUGAUAAUAAUAAUAAUAAUAAUGAUCAUAUUCAUUGUCGUUUUUGGCCAAAAUGUAAUUUUAUUAAUUUAUCAAAUCAAUUAAAUUUUCAAAUAUUAUAUAAACAUUUUCUUUCACAUAAUGAAUAUUUAAUAACUAAUUCAUUAAAUAAUAAUGAAAAUCAAAAUCAAUAUCAUGUUACUAUGACUACAACAUAUAAUAAUUUAAUUAAUCCAAAACGUAGAGGUAGACCACCAAAAUAUGCUAAACAUAUUUAUGUACCACAUAUUAAUCCACCUGAAUAUUUAUGUAUAGAUAAUCAAUAUACUAUUGAUUUAACAUAUUCCAUGUUUUUUGAUCCAAUCGAUAAUAAUAUUGAUCAAAAUGUAUUACAUAAUCCUGUUAGCAACUAUAAUCCCAUGUUAUUACGUAAUAAUAAUAAUAAUAAUAAUAAUAAUAAUAAUAAUAAUAAUAAUAAUAAUAAUGAGAAAGAACAAAAUCAAUUUAAACAUAUAAAAUAUGCUAUAAAAUUAUUUUUACCUAAUGAAUUAUGUCCAGAUAUAAAUUGUCCUUAUUAUAUAACUCAUGAACAACAUUAUCAUUGUGUUAAACCAAGAUGUUAUAUGUCUACUAAUAAAUUAGAUUUAAUUAAUAUACAUCGUCGUGAAUUUCAUCAACAUACUAUAAUAGAAAAAGGUUUUGAAUAUUAUGAUAUUAGUAUUGAUUGUCGUCGUCCAUUAUGUCAUAAUAAUAAAAUUAAUAAACAUUUUCAUUGUAUUUAUCCAAAUUGUGAUUAUACAUUUAUACGUUCUAGUACAAUGCAACAACAUUUAAAAAAACAUACAGAAAAUUUAAAAACGAAACAAAAUAUAAUCAAUAAAACACCAAAUAUUAAUCAAUCAAUUGUUGCUAUGGCAACAAAUACAUCAUCAAAUAUAGAUAUUAAUAUAAUGAAUAAUAAUAAUAAUAAUAAUGAUACAAAGUAUUAUCAUUCAAAUAAUAUACAAUCAAUGAAUUCAUUACAUCCAAUUGAUAUACAUUCAGAACAAUUAUUAUCUAUUCCAUUAUGUAAUCAUCAAAAUGAAAACUUAUUAAAUCAUCCAUCAUUACCAAUGAAUAAUGAUAAUGAUAAUAAUAAUGUGACAAAGAAGGAUUGUACAGAAGAUUCAUCAUUACUUGGUUUACAACCUAAUCGGACUGCUGCAAUGAUUACAGAGGUUAAUGAUGUGACAAUGGGAUCAAUGAGUUCACCAGUGAAAAUAGAUUGUUCAUCUGAAUGUACAAAUGAAUGUUUAUAAUUAAUAAAAGUGUGUAUGUAUAUAUGUAUAUCUUCAAGGAGUCAAUUCAUAUGUUAGUUAGUAUAGAAUAAAAUCUUUUCCAAGAAUUAACGAUCAAUAAUUAAAUCAUUCAAAACAGUAUUAACUCCGGUUGAAUAACUCCCACUAUUCUCAGUCAAUAAUGAAUUAUUCUUUUUUGCGCCCAAUGAAUGUCUAUCCGUGUAUUACAUACAUAUUUGUGGUACAUAAAUGAUACAUGUUCAUAACUCAAUAAUAAUUCAUUCUUCAUUUAUUUCUUAAAUUAUUUUUGCUUUUAAAUGGUUAUUAAUGUCUACAAGCUAAACAAUAACUAACCAUCUUUUAAUCAGUAUUAUUAUGACUACUAAUUUCAUUUUAAGUAGUAUUAUAUGCAUAUAGGGUGUGUAUUUACAAGUGAUGUAUUUAUCAUAUUAAAAGAAUACUUUCAUUAUUUAUAAUUUUAUUUGUAUCCACCGGUUCAUAUUAAACAUAUUUCAUUCAAGAAGCCUUAUUCCAUCCUUUUUUCUAUUAUGAAAAUGUUUUUUUAACUGAUUCACUGGUAAACUGUUCCUUUUCUCUUUCGAAUUUUUAUUAACCAUUUGAAGGACAAGCAUGAAAAAGUGUUUGUUUUGUAUACAAUAAUUAUAAUUUUCAGCUAUUUACUCUCACAUUUUCGUUGAUAUCUACUUACUACUUAUUAAUUAAAUAGUAGUAUUCAGCAGAAGCCUUUAAAUUGUGAAAGUAUUAUGGCAUUAAAACCCUCUUUUUUCCCUUAGUAUUUCAUUCACCGAUCUGCCUUUAUAUAUACUUUAUUUAAUGACCAUCUCUGUCAAACUGUUGCCUUAUCGAUCAAUGGAAAUAAC